CCGUGUAAUCUAGCGAUUAGGAGGCACCUGAGGAAUUUGAGUUGUAGGCCAAGGUGGGACGGUUCCUGCCUCGUGAGCACACAGCGUGCGCGCUCCUGUCUCCAUAUCACUGACACUUCAAUUAAUUCUGCUGCUCCACGAGACAGACACGCACUAAGGAGCCCACUGGAGCAUCGAGAAAAGCUCAGAAUUUGCGCACAGAUGACCACAAAAUGACACCGAGCGCUCGCUGUAGUAUUUAGCUCGCGUGGAUCCAAGAAUUGAUUCCGUGAGUAAGCUUAGUCGCGAAGCGAAGUGACUUAACAAGCGCAACAGCCCGUUUGUUUUGCACCCCGCAGUUUGUGGCCAGGGACCCACGCUGGAAAAUGAGGCUGGGAAGCAUCAUUUUAUUCGUCGCUUUCUGCUCUUUCACCGCUUAUUACGUUUACGAGCCGAUUCCGGAGGAGAUAGAAGAGAGAUGGAAACUCAUGCUGACCAACUCUUUCUUUAGAAGUCUCAGCCAUCUGGCAGACAUAAGCGAAUUACUGGGCCUGAAGGACUACAUGGGGGUAAUGUACUUCAUUACUCUUUUAGAAAAGAUUGCACCUGUUUCUGACGAGCAUGUCAAGGUGACAGAAGAAAAGUUUGAUGGAGUAGAGGUGGUGUUAUAUCAGCCAAAGCACCGAGGUAGUGACACAGACCUCAGGAGAGCGAUCAUAUACCUGCACGGUGGAGGAUGGUGUCUGGGGAGUUCCCGAAUGAGUCCAUAUGAUCUCCUGGCCAGAAAAGUCGUCACUGAGCUUGAUGCUGUGGUUCUUUCAGUGGAGUAUCGCCUUGCUCCAGCGCACCACUUCCCAAUCCCCUAUGAGGAUGUUUACCGUGUGGUCAAACAUUUCCUCCAGAAGGGGGUGCUGGCCCAGUACUAUGUGCACCCUGGACGCAUUGCUGUGUCUGGGGAUAGUGCUGGGGGGAACCUGGCAGCUGCAGUCACCCAACAGUUACAAAAGGAACCGAGUCAACAGAUUCAGUUAAAGGCCCAAGCACUCCUCUACCCUGUGCUGCAGGCUCUGGACCUUUACACACCUUCAUAUCAGCAGAAUCAGUACAUGCCCAUUCUGCCCCGCACUCUUAUGGUGCGUUUCUGGAGUGAAUACUUCACCAGCGACAAAGCUUUUUUUAGAGCAAUGAUGGCCAACACCCACAACAACCCAGAGUCUUCAAGCCUGCUGAAAUUUGUCAACUGGAGUGCUUUUCUGCCAGAAACGUAUCAUAGGAAAUACAACUACAGUGCUCCCGCAGUUACCGAGGGAACAGUUGCAAUGGAUGGACCAUCUCGAUCUCUUGCUGAUCCAAGGGCGUCGCCUCUGCUUGUUCCAGACGCAGCUUUACGCUCUUUGCCCAAGGCCUACAUUCUGACGUGCGAGUAUGAUGUUCUCCGAGAUGAUGGGAUCAUGUAUGCCACACGGCUCCGUGCUGCUGGCGUUGAGGUGACACAUGAACAUUAUGACACAGGAUUUCACGGAGCAUUGAUGUUCACCGUGUGGCCAACUGACUUCCUGAUUGCACGUCGCAUGACAGACAACUAUAUUAAAUGGCUCAAGGAAAAUUUGUAAAAGGUUGAGGGUCAGUAGUAGUUAUUCCAGUAUUUCUUCACAAUGCAAGAAUGUUUUGAUUGGGUGUAGACUUUUGUUUUUUGGUGGUGUCUCCUUUUCUGUGGUCCUGCUGUUUUUGUGUGUAUUUAUUGAGAAACUUGUACAUUUUGUUGCAAUGGAUAGGACUAGGAAACAAGAUUUUGAGAGUAUAGAACAUUUUCUUUCCAAAUAAGGUGGCUUGAAUGCAGCACAACACAUGACGGCAUCACAAAAGUACAAUAAUAGUGUUGUGUUUGGCUCAACAGGCAAAUAUGAGGAUGAAAAUAUCUGUGGACUUUCUUUGGCCUGUUAUGGUUCUCCUCAUUGUUUUCCAUCCACAGCACCUCAUAUCUAGUCUGAUCUUAUGGCUUUAGUUAGUAAUGCAUACCACUGAGAAAUCUGAAAUAUUCCAUUAGAGGUUUAAAGAAUCCAGUGCAAGUUUUGGCACAGCAGAAAAGAAUUUUCACAACAGUCUGUUUAGCCAAAGUUAACAUUUAUCCAAGCUGCAGGUCACUGAAGCCUGAGGUGAUGUUACAAAAUAUCAAAAACACUGGCUUGUAUAAUUGCAACACGUUUAAAACAAAAAGAAUGACUCCUUUUGUUGUGUAUCCCUUACAUAUAAAUGGUGCACAUAGAGUUGCUUAUGGUAAUACCCUUAAUUUAAACUGCAGAAUGAAUGGCAUUUUAAUCUAAUAAAAGGAAAAAAAACAACUUCAAAUCCUCAUCAGAAACCCAUCUACUUGCAUUGUGCUUUAAAAUAUCUUCAUUUCAAGGCUACAGGCAGUGAAAUAAAAUAAUCCACAUUCCAUGAAGAAUAUUGGUAUCUGUAUAUAAAGAGCAUGCUGCAAAGAAAAGCUUCGCCAUACGCAUAAACACAUUUUUGCUAUAAAGCUUAGCUCAGUUUAAAGAAGCAAUAUGGCAAAAAGAGAGGAAAAAUAUCUGGAGCCUUAACCUUUACAGAUUCUUGCAAGUCUCACUUCCUAUAAUAUGAGCUGAUGAUUUUUUAUGGUAGUACAUUAUGUAAAUAAACUACUUUACAUUUGGAAAACCAGAAAGUGCUCUCAUUUGGGAACAUAAAGUCAUAAACAUAAAGUCGCCAUAUCAGGAAUGUAGCAUGUAGAGUUGUUUUUGCUUCAUACGCAAUAAGCAAUGGUUCAAAGACUAGGGCACUUAGCUGAAGUUGUAAGUACAAGACCAUUUGCCAGUUUGGUGAACAGUAUGUAGAUGCCAUUAAAGAGUUGGUAAUUUGGCUUUCUAUGCACGUCUGAUUGCGUAUUUAUGACUGUUGUUUGUUUGUCUUUGACUUUUGUUUAUAUCUCUAACAUACACAAGAAGUUGAGUUGCUUUUUCUUUUAGCAACGGUGAGGUGACUUUAAACUUAUCACCUGUCAUUAGAGCAUUACUGUUUCCUCUCUCUUGAGUGACACCACCUCUGUGACUUGUGUACAUAUGGGAGAUAUCUAAAUAACACAAGCUCUGGUUAACACUAUGCCUUUCUGUUCUGAAAGUUUUGAAAUGUAUAUGAAACUGGGCACAGUAUGUCUUUGAUUUGGAGCUUCUUUUUUUUUUUUUUUUAACAUUGCAACAUUUCAAGUUAACAGACAAAGCUAGCUUAUUUCCUCAAACAGCUCUACUUGCUCAAUUGUAAAUAUAACAGUUUCUAUUAUUUGUCCUGGGUUUCCUUUGUUAGGUGCAUUUUUUUAAAGCUAUCUGACAAUAAAUUUACUUGAUCCUUA